AUGGAGAAGCUUUUACACAAAUGUUUACAUGUGAAUCGUUCAGAAAAUGGAUUGGACGAAGAAGAAAGUGUUUUUCAAACAUGCAAAAUAUUUGUAGGUUUAGAGAAUGAAAUAUCUGAAGUGAAUUGUAUAGAUAAUAAAAAUAUUGGAAAUGAUUUUUUAUGCGGUUUUGAUAAUUAUGCAAAAAAGAAUUGUGUAGAAGGUAUAUGGAUGGAUGAAUUGAAUGGAAGAAAAUCGGGAUAUAUGAAUUUAAAUGAAUAUUAUGAGAAUAAAUUUAAUAUAUAUUUUAAUAUUGAAAAUAUAGAUUAUCCUUUAAAAUUUUAUAAAACUAUAUAUUUCAAUUUCUUUAGUUCUUUUAUUGAAAAUGAAGAUAGAGAAUAUAUUUUAAAUGAAAAUAUAAAUAUUCUAAAUAAUUUUUAUGAAAAUAUAAGAAAUCAGAAAUAUCUUUUAUUACAUAAUGCUCAUUCAAUUCCCCAUGAAAAGAAAAAAAUUAAUAGUAAUUAUAAAAAUGGUGAUGCACACAUGUGUAGUGAUAAUAUUAUAUCUAUAGCUGAUGGUGUAUCAUCUAUUAAAAAUAGUGGUAUUAAUGUAAGUAAUUUUUCAAAUGAUCUUUUAAAAAAAUGUUUAAAUUUACAUUUAUAUAGAUGUAUAAACAAAUCAUUAUUUGAAUAUCAAAAUGAUGUUAUAUUUAAACAUUAUAAUUUGAAAUAUAAAGAUCCUGAAUUCCUUAAACCAAUUAUAUGCAGAAGUGCUUGUUCAUCUAAUUUUUUAGGUGCAUCUACACUUUUAUUUGCUUCAGUUGAAAAUGACAAAUUACAUAUAUGUACUAUUGGUGAUUGUCAAAUGUUGAUAAUCAAUUUGAAGGAACAUUAUUUCAAACACAAAUUUUUUGAAAAAAUUCAUAUAAAAGUACAAACAUCCAAACAAAUGUUAUGCUUACAAAAAAGAGAAAGCAAUGUAACUACUAUAGUUGAUGAGGAAAAAGAAAAAUUUUCUGGUAAUAUAUAUAAUCAAAUAUUGAAUUCAAAUCAAAAUAGUAUUGUUGAAAAAAACUAUGAUAAUUAUAAACAAUCUUCUUCUUCAUUGAAUUUUGAUAUGUCCGAUAAAAAAAUGGAUAAGGAAAAUGUUAACUCUUGGGAUGACAUAAUAUAUGACAACUCAAAAUCGGAACUAUCAAAAAGUGAAUCAUCCAAGUGUAAGUCAUCAAACUGGGAAUUGAACAAGUCAGAUUUGGACAAGGCACAUUUGGACAAGGCAGAUAUGAACAAGGCACAUUUGGACAAGGCAGAUAUGAACAAGGCACAUUUGGACAAGGCAGAUAUGAACAAGGCAGAUAUGAACAAGGCACAUUUGGACAAGGCACAUUUGGACAAGACACAUUUGACCAACUCUGAUUUAGCCAAAUCAGAAUUGACCAACUCCGAAUUGGCCCAAUCCGAUUUGUCAAAACCAUCAUCAGUCCAAUCCAAAAUAGCAAUAUCGAAUAUUACCCCCUCUCAUAUCUUAUUAGAGGAUUCACGAAAUAUCAAUACAAACAGCGUGGGGAGUGACAAGACAUAUACGGAUACUAAUAAAUCCUCAAUAAGUGAGUUAUAUUUAAAAAGAAAUAAACUAUGUGAGAAUGUUCUUUAUAGUGAUAUAAAUGUCAAUAUGAGGGUUGAGGAAAGUGAGGAAACCAUUUUGUAUGUAGAAUAUGAGAUUAAUGAGGAUAUAUAUGAAAAAUUUCAAAAGUGCUUAUCUGAGUGUGAUUAUAAAAUAGGUGAUUUGUCAUUUAAUUUGAAGGAAGACAAUUUAUAUGAUUGUUCGAAUAUUAGAUCUGAUACUAUAAUAUCUCAUAAUUUUUCAGAUACUACAGAAAAUGAUACAUCAGAAAAUGAGAAGAACGAAAAAAAGUACAUAUCAGGAAUGACAAAUACAUUAGAUAAUGAAAUAGGCUAUAGGAAUUUGUUGAAUUUUUUUCAAAUAGAUAGAAAUUCUAUUUUGAAAAGAAAAAAAAAUAAGUAUGAUGAAAUUUGGAGUAAUAAGGUAAAUCUGUCUUAUGAUUGGAUGAAUGAUCUUGACAAUAAGGAAUCAAAUAAAUUACAAGAGGAUAAAACAGAAUUAAAUAAUAAUACCAAUGGUAACAAUAACAAUAAUAAUAAUAAUAAUAGUAAUAAUAGUAACAAUAAUUAUAAUAAUAGUAACAAUAAUAAUAAUAAUUAUUAUUAUUAUAAUAGUUGUAAGAACAAAAAAAAUUUUAAUCAUUAUCGUUAUAGACAUGAUUAUGAAGAAGAAUGUCCAUUCGAUAUUAUUCAUAAAUCUAAAAUCCAACAACAUUAUUUUAAUUGUCCUUAUCAAAUUACAUUUAUGCCUUCUAAUUUUAGUAAUGAUAAUAUGAAGAACAAGAAGAGUAAUAAUUCAUUUAAUAGUACUAUUAAUAUGAAUAAAUAUAAUGAUAUAAUAACAAAAUGUUUAAGAUAUUGUGAUUAUUCAACUAUCGACUUAAAAAACAAUUAUAUUAUUAUAAGUGGAAGUGAUGGUUUAUUCGAUAAUUUAUAUGACGAUGAUAUUAUGAAAAUAAUUUUUAAUUAUUUUUAUAUCUUAAAAGAUAAUAAAUUUAUCAAAUUAAAAGAAUUCAUAAAAUUUAACGAAGAAUUUAAAAAGGCCAUUAGUUGGAUAUACAAAACUAUAUCUAAUAGUAGAGAUAAAGAUGAUACAUAUAAGGAGGAUAUAUAUUUUUCAAAACAAUCCAAUGAUGUUUAUAAUAAAAAUUUAAUAAAAAAGAAGGAUACUGAAGAAAUAGAUAGAAAUGAAUUCAAUAGAGAUCUUACCAAAUCUGAGAAUUCCAUAAGUGAAUAUGAAAAGGGAAAAGGUAUAUGUAUUCAUGGAUGUCACGAUCAAAAUGUAUGUAAUAAUGAUAAUAAUAUAAAUUGUGACAAACAUCAUAUGAAUGAAAAUAAUAAUGAAAUUAUAAAAAAGAAAGGAAGUAAUUUAUUUUUGAAUAAAUUUUAUUCCAAGGGAAGUUUUAAUUCAACCAUGAGCAAAUUUAAUUUCGUUCCAAAAAUAAAAAAAAUAUUUUCAUUCAAAGAAAAAAAUAAAUGUGAUAUAAAGGACCAAGACAAAUUGAAUCCUUCUUUUAGCUAUUUAUCAAAUGUUACAUUGAAUAAUACAUAUGAAAAGCAGAAAGAAGAUAGUGAACAUUGUAAUUCCAUGUGUGAUAAUAAAGAUUUAAAAAAAAUGAAUAUUCCGAAUUUUGAAAGCGCUGAUACAUUGAAAACAGAUGAAUCUUUCCACGUUGUAAGAAAUGAUAUACGAAAUAUGAAGUAUGAUAAAAAUUAUAAUAAGAAUAAUGAUAUGUUAAAUCAACAAAAUACCUUUGAUGUUAUAUCUAAAACAUAUGAUAUAAAAAAUGAUUUUUCGAUUGAUAUAGAAUUGAACAACAUAAGAUAUAAUAAAAAAAAGAGAACAUUUAUUAUUGAAAAAAAAAUAGAAGCUCAAAACGUUUUAUGUAACUCAUCGAAUUUAAUAUUAUUUGAUGAAAACAUGAACAUAUAUCUAAAUACCAAAAAAGCAUGUGACGAAAUUAUAGAGUUAUCUUCCAUUUUGUCUAACCAACAGGUUAACUAUUCUUUAUUAAAAAAAAGAAGAAAAAAAUAUAAUAACGAUAAGGAAAAUAAAAAAAAUAAAAAGAAAAGUUUUACUGCAAGUCUAUUUUCAAAUAUUCAAGAAAAGGAAAAAUAUUUAUUUGAUAAUAUAAACUAUGAUGAUAUACAAUCUAAUAAAUCAAAUGAUAAAAUUAUUUUAACACCUAUAUCUGAAUUUAUUUUUGAUAAAUAUAAAAAAUAUUUUAAUAUGGGUAAGCCUGAUGAUACUACCGUUAUUGUAUCUAUUGUAAAGGAAAAUAAAUAUAUUUAA